AUGAAUUGUGUCAAGCAAGAUCUAAAAGGAAGAAAAGGAAACAAAGAGGCAGAAGAAGGAUAAGAGGAAUAGGAAGAAGAGGAUGAAGGUAGUAAACUUAAAUGGGAUGAAAAACUAUAAGCCAUCGAACUUCCAAUAGGCUAUAAACCAAAUAAGAAUAUCUUCUUGAAAGAAGGUAGAGUGCAUAUUGAGGCAAUACUAAAAGAAAAUGGAAUCAUGGCACCUAAAGUAAGAGAAAGAAUUAAAACAGCUGAUGGAUCAAUGAAACAUAGACAGGAACUAAUGGAAAUCAUAGUAGAAAAGAAAGAAGAUGGAAAGAAAGGUGAUAACAACAAAAAAGAUGAUGGAUGGAGAUAAUAGACAUUGAAUAGAGGAACAGGAGCAUACAACAGAAACUACUAUGAAAGAACAUUUACUAAAGUAGAGUUUAUGAGAACUGAACAUGGAGCAACAACACUGAUUACAGAACCAGAGAAGAUGAGGGGACUAGUAGAAAUAAAUAAGAGCAUAGCAGAUGCAGCAGUGGAAGUUAGAAUGUUAAAAAAAUACUUAGACAAAGCGAAUAGAGAACAAACCACGAGUAUAGGAGGCUAUUUCUUGGGGAAAAACCUCUUUAUCAAAGACAAAAUAUGUUGGACAUUCAGAAGUAUUUGCAAAGCACUAAUUUGGGGACUAGAUACCGAAUUAGUAGAAAAAGAAAUAUUUUCAGGUACAAAUUUAUGUUUAUUUUAUGCAUGGGGAUUAUGCAUUCAUCCUGAAUGUCUUAAUUCUCAUGAUUAAGAUUAUAAAGGUAUAUUAUUUAGCUACAAAUAAGCGAGAAACUAAUACACAGUAAUGGUAGAUGGAAAGCCUACCAGAGUCUAGGAUAGAGAAACGCCUAUAGAAAAAUUGGUAAAAAAAGAUUUGGAGAGACUGAAUACAGGACUCAAAGUAUCAGGCUACUUCUCAGCAAAUCUUAGCUAAUAUUAGAUGACAUAUAGAUAGGAUUAUACAAGAGUAAUGCACGGACUCUGUAUAAUAGCAUAGGGGAAAAACCAAGGCAUGUCAGCAAUAGAGAUGAGAAAGAAGAAAGACUGUCUAAGGAUAAUCAGACAAUACAUUAUGGGAUAAGCUGAGAUAAAUGAUCUAGCGGUUAGAUAUGCAUUUAUCCAGAUAUUCCAUGAUAAAAGAGCACAAACAUAGUAGUGGCCAAACAGAAAUACUAGAGCGGAAAACUAAGUCACAGCUAAUUACAAUGCAAAAAUGGACGAAUGGAUGAGAUGGGUCCAAGCAUAAUAUAUGAGAGAUGUACCUUCCGAAGAAGGAGAAACUUAACAAAAGACUCUGGAGGAAAUGUAUGAAGCAGAAAGAAUAUGGAGCUUAUACACAAAAGCAUAGUUUGUAUAUAACCCUAGUGCUAGGUACUUUGAAUCCUAUCUUAGGAUCAGAGGUAAUUUAGCGCCAUACUCAGGUAACUCAUAUUUAUAUAUUGACAAUUAAUCUCAAACCAUGGAUAUAUACGGUUUAAGGUGGGAUACCACCUUUAACGAUAGCCAUGUACUCUAUCUAGAUGAUGAAAUCACUACAAUGAAACAAUAUGUCAGUAAUAGAAGAUUUUGGGAGGAGAGAAGAGAAGAUAAUGGCAGAUACAAGCCUAGAAAAAUUGGUAAUAACCAAUUAGAAAAAAAUAUAGAAUUUUAUGAGGAGUAUUAUCCAAUGGUGUAAGCUAGAUCAAUAGAACCAUUAUAAGAAGCAUGCAUGUGGGCUAAAAUGCUUAAGAAAGGACUCAUUAUGUGUAGAGGAGAAGAAAUAAUGCUACUUCAAAUAGCAAACUAAAUAUAGGGUAAAUUUGAAACAAUGAUCACAACAACAUGUGGCACUAAGGAAAAACUAUUAGAUUGUAAUAUAAAGGAUAUUGUAGGGAAAAAUAAAGAUUUAGCUAAAAUCUUAGCAGCUGAAACAAUUAGGAUAAUACAGUAGUUGGAAAAUUUGGUGAAUAUGAGUGGAGAAUAGGGUUAGGUUAUCCACAAAUAAAUUGUAGAAUAGCACAAUUAAAAUUAGGGAUAAAUGUUCUUCACUAGAAUUAAUCUUAGUGAAGAAUAUAUGUUAGACAAUCUGUGUGAAGGAAUUAUCAACAAUGGAGGUAUAGACAGUAUUAUGCUAAGAAAGAGAAUUAAUGAAAACAAUACACCAGGAUUAGAGGAAGCUAGAGAAUUGGUACCGAAAAUUAAAGGUGGAAUAACCACAGAACAAAUUAGAAAGUUAAUGUAUGAAGGUGGUACAAGUAGAAGAGCGCUUUUAACUGCAAUAGACGAAGCACUUAACGAUGAGUAUACAAGCAUACUAAAGGGAGAUUUUGUAUUUGUAAAAAUAGACAAGGGAAUAGGCAGAUAAGUAAUGUAUGUGGUAGAAAUAGGAGUAGAAGCAAUGGGAGAAAAACUAGGAAUAUCAACAGGAGAAUGGACACCAGAAAAUGUAGAUGAAAUUAACAUUAUGGCGGAAAGUGUAACAGAAUAGUAGAGAAAAGAAACUUAUGAUAGACUUAAAGAAGUAUACAACAAAUUCAAUAGAGAAAAAAGAGUAAAUUAUAAGGAUGAGAUAAUAACCGAUGGAGUAAGGAUGUAAAAGUUGACUUGGGAAAUGAUUUAAGAUAUGUUUGAUAAAAAAGAGAUACUGGAAGAAGAAAGAAAUAGAAGACUGGACAGAGCAUUUAGAGAAGAUAAAAUAAUUAGCAGAAGAAGAAAAUGGUUAGAAGAAUUCUGGAAAAAUUAAGAAGAAACUAUGAGAUAAUAUAAGACAAAAAUCAGAGACAAGAAAGUGAAUGCUAUAGCAUAAAGAUAUGAAAAAGAGAAGGAAGAGGGUAGAUCAGAUACAGCUAAUCAUGAAGUAGCAAGUUAUCCGAGAUACUAGAGAAGAGUAUUUGCAGACAAUCAAAUAUAAUAGAAAAUACCAUUCAGGAGAUAUAAUGAUACAGGAGAAUAGUUGCAUAGACCGGGACUAUCAGAAGCGAGAAUAGCAGAAACGGAACGGAAACCUUAAAUUACAUCCACUUAACCAACAAUAAUAGUAGUGAAUCAAGAAAUGUUAGUGAUUGAAGAAAACAAAGAAAUGAAAGAUGAAACAUAAAUUGUCGAUAAGAAUAUAGGAGUAGCAAAUGCUAAAGCGGCAAUUAAAAAGAGAUAAUCAAGUAUCGAUCAAGGAUAAAGCAAAAGAGUCAAAAAGAAUGAUGGUACUGAUAUCAAAGUAUCUGCGGUGGAUAAACAUAGAAGCAGAAGCAGAAACAAUAAAUCAGAGGUGAGAGAAGUGAGGGAGAAUAACUUCAAGAGAGAAAAAUAAAAUACAAGAAUUAGAGAAACAGCAUCAAACAUUACACUUAGAAGCGGAAAAGUUGUGAUCAAAACAACUAGGGGAGGUGUUGACUCUAAUUCAUAGAGAACUCAAGCCCUAGAGAAUAUAUCUGUGAAUAAGAGUUCUCACUAAGUAGCAGUCGAAGUUGGAGAAGAGAUAAUCGGAUCCAGCCAAGGCUCCUACACCUCAAACCAAUGA